CUCUCCUCCAUCACCCUGCCCAGCCAGCAAGUCGACAUGGCUCCAGAGACCAGCGCAACCCAGCCGGAGCCCGCCGGCCGCUACCACGACAUGGGCGUCGCCGUCGGGCCGGAGCUCCUGCAAACGAUCAGCAAGAGCCGCGUGCUCAUGAUUGGCGCUGGCGGCAUUGGCUGCGAGCUCCUCAAGAACCUGGUCAUGAGCGGCUUCCACAACAUCGAGAUCGUGGACCUCGACACCAUCGAUCUCUCCAACCUCAACCGACAGUUCCUCUUCCAGAAGCAGCAUAUCCAAAAGUCCAAGGCACAUACCGCCCGUGAAGCAGCCCUGCGAUUCAAUCCCCAUGUCAACAUCACCUCCCACCACGCCAGCAUCUUCGAUCCUCAGUUCGAUGUGAUGUGGUUCAAGGGAUUUGACCUGGUCCUCAACGCCCUGGACAACAUCGAGGCCAGACGCCGAGUCAACCUGAUGUGUGUCUCUGCCGGCGUAUCUCUGAUAGAAUCUGGAACAGCCGGAUUCCGCGGACAGACGUCUGUGCAAAUCAAGGGCCAUAGCCAGUGCUAUGACUGCCGUCCCCAUGUGGCCCCAAAGCAGAUUCCGUUUUGCACUAUCCGCAGCACCCCAAGCACACCUGUGCAUUGCGUCGUCUGGGCAAAGUAUCUCUUCAGCCAAGUCUUUGGAAUCGACGAAGACGAUAUCAUGGAUACGACGAUCAGCGACGAUAACAAGGAGGAGAUUGAAAAGCUCAACAAGGAGACACACGAGCUCAAGCUCCUGCUGAAAACCAUGGGCAGCGAGGACUUUGAACAAAAGCUAUUCCAAAAGAUCUUUGGUACCGACAUCCAGCGCCUUGUCGACAUGGACAGUCUCUGGAAGACCCGUACCAAGCCCACCCCCCUCGAUUACGAGAGCAUCAUCGGCACCACCAGACAAACCCGCCGGCGCGACUCGUCGCAACAUCUCCAGGCGCACCUACCCAAGGUUGGCGUGGCGAGAGACCACCAAGUCUGGACACUGCGCGAGAACUUCUCCGUUUUUCUCACCAGCUUGCACAGCCUGUCCGCUCGAUUGUUGCAAGACAGAGCCGAUCGCCCCGACAGCACCCUGGGCUUUGACAAGGACGAUGAAGAAGCGAUGGACUUUGUGACAGCAGCGUGCAACCUGCGCUGCCAUGUGUUCAGCAUUCCAAUUCAAAGCCGCUUUUCGUGCAAGCAAAUGGCUGGAAACAUUAUCGCAGCCGUUGCGACGACAAACGCAAUCGCCGCAGGGCUCAUGAUCAUCCAGGCAUUCAACAUCAUCAACAAGGACUUUAAUAAGUGCAUCGACACCACGAUAUGCUACGGUGGUCGGCUUCCUCGAGUGCUUACAGCCGACAAGCCAGACAAGCCGAAUCCAGACUGCGGUGUCUGCGCCCACAACCACAUCAUUCUCCGCGUGAACACCGAGAAGAUGAUUCUCCGGGACCUGGUGCAGCUCGUUCUGCUCGGCGGCUCGGACGAUAGCGCCGACAAGUCUGGCCUCGGUCUUUCUGGUGAGCUGGCAUUGACCAGCGACACGGGCGCACUCAUCUAUGAUCUCGACUUUACCGACAACGAGGACAAGGCUCUGGAAGCUGUUCACAUCACCCACCACAAGUUCCUGACGGCGGUGGCCGAGCCCGAUGACCAGCCUGACAUGAAUUACAUUGUCAGCAUCGCGGUGGCGCAUGACGGAGCCUUGGGGGCGACGGAUUUCCAUAUCGAAGGAGAUCGCGUACUUCGUCUGCAGCACAAGCGCACCGCGGCGGGCUCGGCCGAGAAGCAUUCGCUGGAAAACGGCGCUGCGGACAACUCGCAGGAUGCAAAGAGGGCCAAGAUCGAAAGCGAGAUCAUCUCCGUCGACGACUUUUACACGAUCGACGACUAGUCUCUCGGCACCACAGGCAAAGUCGCGUGUGCAUGUGUAUUUACUUGAAUGCUUACACCCGUGCUGCCCCACAUGCCCAAAGGUUGGAGGCCCGCCCCAGCAAUGCAGCGGUGAGCGGCCUGUUUGCGUGUGCAAUACUAUGUGCCUUGUUGUUCUAUCCCGCUUGCGGGCCGGGAAGCCACACGGAUUGUCCAGAAACAUGGCCGACUCA